AUGAAAGAGAUAAACAGUUAUGGAUUUAACAUGGCGGACGAAACGCGUAAAGUGCGAGUAGAAGAACGAUUGAAAAUAAAAAUUGGUGAAGCUAAGAAUUUACCAGGUCGUAACAAUGGAGCCGCGUGUGCCCGUGAUAUAUACUGCGUGCUGUCCUUGGACCAAGAAGAAAUAUUUCGCACAUCCACUAUUGAAAGAACACUCAACCCAUUUUUCGGCGAAGAAUUCCAAUUUGAAGUACCCCGCAGAUUUAGAUACUUAUCCAUAUACGUGUUCGACCGUGACAAACAGGCUAGCAAGCAGGACAAAGUCCUCGGAAAAGUUGCUAUCAAAAGAGAAGAUUUGGAGAAGUAUAACAACACAGACCACUGGUUCGCUCUGCGACCGGUGGACGCGGACUCGGAAGUACAGGGUAAAGCAUACAUUGAACUGUCGAUGGAGGACUCAAGAAAACGAUUACGCAUGGACCCUAAACCUCCCGAUCCCGACUUCAGCGAAUGUUCCAAAGCGAAGGCAAACAAUCUCACUAGACUAUCAGAAUAUUGUAAAGAGAGCAUGCGAUUCGGCUCGUGUUCGAGUUCGACUAGUAAAAAGCUGUUAGCGGCUGUUGCAACGGAACCUGCACUGUCCCUCUCCCGUUCAGAAAGUUUAAAGGAUCGCGCGCAAUGGUCUGUACGCCCUAAACCACCGAUGCACACUAUGACAGAAUCGCCGUCACCCACCGCGGCCGACUAUUGGUCGGAUCCAGAAAGACAUUGUGCGGCACACGUUGGACCUGACACGAUACGCUUAAGGGUUUUAGAAUGUUCAGAACUGACCACCAAGAAUGGGCAGUGUGAUCCAUUUGCGCUAGUAACGUUGUUGUAUUCGAAUGGAAGGAGGGUAGAAAAGCGCACGAAACCGAGAAAAAAGACAGUCAAUCCACAAUUUGAUGAAAUUUUUUGUUUUGAUCUCGUCAUGGAGGCUGACCCUAAGGAUAAGGAUGGAUCACAGACGGCUGGUGUGGCGUGCGAGGCUAGAGUGUCAGUCUGGCACGACGCGGCUACUCCCGUGUUUUUGGGAGAAGUUCGCUUACAGUUAAGGCAACCUGCGCCGGAUCCUUUGUGUGCAUGGUUCUUCCUAACAUCAAGGGCAGGCGGUGCCUUGUCACGAGGUGCAACUCCGCCUGGUACGCGUUUGUCAGCUGCAGGCAGUUCUACCCUUGGGUCUUUGAGGCUUCUGCUCAGAUACACCGUCGACCACGUCUUUCCCUUACAACACUAUCGGCAAUUAGAGGAGCUUUUUCUCAGAAGUGUACAUCAGAAGCCAAUAACAACCUCAGCGGUGUACAUCUUAGGCGAAAUAGUAUCGAGUAAGACGGAAGCCGCCCAGCCCCUUGUAAGACUCUUCACACAUCAUGAUCUCAUCGUUCCCAUCGUUAAAGAACUCGCUGAUGCUGAGAUUUCUGUCCUCACUGACGCGACAACAAUAUUCCGUGGCAAUACGCUGGUAUCCAAAAUGAUGGAUGAGGCGAUGAGGCUAACGGGAGCCGCCUAUCUUCGUUCGGUACUACGGCCUACACUCGCGGCAGUUCUUCAUGAGAAGAGGCCCUGCGAGAUUGACCCAGCCAGAGUUAAGCCAUCUGCGGAUAUCGCUGCUAACCUGGCUAAUUUGAAGGACUAUGUUGAGAGGGUAUUUGCCGCAAUAACAUCAUCGUACGGCACUUGUCCAUCAGUGAUGUGUCGCCUAUUCGACGCAUUACGGCAGUGUGCGGCGAGGCAUUUCCCUCACAACGCAGAAGUCCGAUACUCUGUAGUCUCUGGAUUUAUCUUUUUACGUUUCUUUGCCCCUGCCAUACUUGGUCCGAGGCUUUUCGAUCUCACAACUGAACAAAUUGACCUUCAAACAACGCGGACGUUGACAUUGAUCUCGAAGACGAUCCAGUCUCUGGGCAACUUGGUGAGCAGCCGGUCAGCGCAACAGGUCUGCAAGGAGGAGUACAUGGCCGAACUCUAUAGAAGCUUUUGCACCACCAGACAUGUGCAAGCGAUCAAACAAUUUCUGGAAAUAAUCUCAACCAGUUCGGACACCCAAAAUAAUAAUGUACAAGAAACAUCGGUCCUACUUAAAGAAGGGACGAUGAUAAAACGAUCGGAGGGCGUUCGUAUGGGCCCAGGCUCCCCGCGCAGGCGCUGGGUGAGACCGGCGCAUACGCACUCAAAACGGAGACAUUUUAGACUUACCAGUGGUGAGUUGUGGUGGUCUCGUUGUGGGGCAAAAGCAGCUGCGCAUCGGCUACCCCUCUCCGGCGUGUUGUCGGUGUCGCCGGUAGAUUGCCCGCCAGCUGGAGCGCCAUUGGAUGCUAAUAAUAUCUUUCAAAUAGUGCACAGAGAGCGUGUCCUGUUCGUACAAGCAAGUAAUUGUGUGGAGCGCGCUGAGUGGUUACGACUUCUCUCCGCGUUGUGCCGUCGUUCGCCUGCCACGCCCCCGCAUAGAGGCUACUACGUUGACACCAAGUGGUCAUGCUGUGGCCGUAAUGAAGCAGAUGCCGAAGGCUGUGGGGGUGGGGUGGAGGGCGUGGCCGAGUGGGGGGCUGCGGGCUCCCUGAGGGGGGAUGGCGUAGUACGAGGCCCUGCAGCACUGGCUCUGAGGUUGGACCCUGCGAGGGACCUUCAACGGCUGCAUGCAUUGCUCAUGUCGCAUACGAAGUUAUUAGAUACGAGAUUACAUCGACCGCCUGAUGAUACAAAUCCACAAGAGCGCGAAGCAGAAGCGUCGACACUCCGUGAACUACAAAAAGUGAUGUUCGACCUCGAGACCCGGCAUUGUACGUAUAGGCGGUCCUUGGCCAGAGAAACUAAAUAUGGCAGCAAACAAGCCCCCAUCGGUGACGACAACUACCUGCACUUGGCGGGAGCGGGGGCAGCGGAGAGUGGGAGCGGGGCUCUCUGGCGGGCCUGGAGAGGGGCCGGCUCCCCCACCAUUGACCUAGACGGGAAGGCACUUCCUCCGCAACCCUCGCUCGACAUGUGCUCCAGCUCGGAGUCACUCAAGCUGCCCCGCCUCGCGGACGACCGCUCCUCCGGCAAAUCCAACAAAUCCACCGGCAGCGGCUACCUGGCGAUGGCCUGCCUCAAGCACGAGCCGUCGGAGGACAGCGACGCCUCCGCCGACAAACCCGCUCGACCGCCCAAACCGGCCCGUCUCUCCCCCUCCCGCCCCCCUCUCUGCGAAUACGUCGACGUGGAGAGGAAACCGCCCGUCCGCCGACCCAAGCCCGACAUGACGCCCAAACGGAGCGAGUACGAUCUCUCGAAUCGCUGCAAGGAGUAUGAGCUGAUGGCCAAUUUCAUGAGUCACGCCCAGGCUUCGGAAGACGUUCCUCCUGCAGUCCCACCGCGCGGCAACACCGCGCGGCGGACUAGACCGGUCGAAGAAACGAAGACGGACGAACAGACAGUAUUACUGGCCACUUCUACCACCAGCCUCCCGGAAGACAUGAUCUGUGAACCGGACCAGGAGACCCGCGAACGACCGACGAGCAAAAUAGACACGGUCUCGAACGACGACAGCCUCCUUGACGAAUUGCAGAGGGACACGUAUUGCGUCCUCAAAGUGUGCGAAGACGAAGAUGGCUCCACCGAGAAAUGCGACGAAGCGAAAGAUAAGAAAGACAAAGAAGACUAUGGAAUGUUCUCCAGAAUAAGUUUGCAGAGGAAGUCUAAUCCUAUAAAAACUCAAUCGAAGUCCAUAAAAACCCUCAAGACUUCGAAUUCCACUUCAAACGUUCACGACGUCGCGAAUGCGUCGAGGCCUUUGGCCGAGCGAUUCACCCCUUUUUUUCUAAAGAAGAAGCCGAAGUCGGAUACGAAAUCGGAGGAAGGAUCGAAGAGCAAGAGCAAGGAGGAUAAUUUAAUAGGCCGGUUGACGCCGAGAUUUGGCCAAUCGCGACUGUACGGGCGCGGGCAAUCGUUAGAUUUGACCGGGGGCAACGCGGGCAAACGCAUCGAGAGGUCGGCGACGACGGUCAGCAUUCCCGCUCGACCGUUGCACAUGAGCGGCGUGAAGUUUCCCUCCCUCCAACGAUACAGCACGCAAGACGCAGAAGUGCAGUGUCACGCUUACGUGAGCGAAGACCCGCCCUCCGGUGAGCAAUGGCGGCCAUCGGCGACUCUGCUGACGGCUGCCACCAACGAUAUUAGACUGUAA